CUGAUUGUCCUCCCUUGUCUGCCCCGGGUAAUUGAUUGAGCUCUGACUUUUCCCUCUGACCACUUGUCAAAAGUGAGCGUCUCUGCAUGGUAUCACUGCAAAGGAAAUUGUGUCAUUGUAUCACACCACAGAAUGACUUACAGGCUACUGUAACAAAGGACAGAGAUUUCUACUCUUUUACUCUAGAAAUGUAGCCGUGGUGCCGUGCAGCGCGCGGUGCAUUUUGGGUAUGGAAUUCCCAAGACCGUCCCUAGGCGACUGCGCAUGUCUGAGAGGAAACUCCAUUAUUUUUUUGGCACGGAAUCCUAAGGAAAAAUAGGAACUUGGAAACAAGGAUAAAGCAAAAGGACGGGCCGAUGGUGCACGGAUGAGAGACGAAAAAAAUUGACUAAAAAUAAUGGUCGUCGCAAAAAAGAUCGGUUAUAACAACAGCCGUUGCAACUAAACUCUGUCAACUAGCUAGCUAGCUAUUGCUAUAUCUAGCUUCUGCACUGCAGCGCGGCGAAGGAACAGGAAACUUCGUAAACAGAGGGAAAUUCCCAGCCUUCAGCUGAGCGCAAGAGUAGAGGAGAACAGCGGAGAGGGCGUGAGUGCAGCAAGGCAGUCAGCUGGAUCUGUGUCCCAGUGUGUACACCUCUGUUCUGUGAACAUGUCCUCUGAGAGCUGGAUUCCAUGGACGCUACUGAUCAGGGCUAUAUGAAGAUGAAAAGGUGCUGGAAGCCUGUGAGCAGAAAAUGACGGGAGGUAGUGAGUGUGCUGCUGGAGACAAAGAUGGUGUCCCCACACGGACAGCGCAGGUGCCAGUGGGUUGGCAGAGAAAAGUGGAGGAGGGGGCCGUGGCCUACAUCAGCCCAAGUGGCACCAUCCUGUCUUCAGUUGAAGAGGUUAGGGCAUACCUUCUGACAGACAGCACGUGUAAGUGUGGCUUGGAGUGCCCACUGGUCGUUCACAAGGUCUUUAACUUUGACCCAGUGGCUAUAGUGCGACCGCAGAUCCAGCAGCCUGGGAAGGCAGAGGAAGACAUGACUAAACUCUGCAACCACCGCAGGAAAGUGGUCGCUAUGGCAGCACUGUGUCGCAGUAUGCAGGCCUCCCAACUUCCUCUUCAUGGCCCAGGGAGCUCCUUCUGUUCCAUGGAGGGCAGGGACCAAAGAGGGGGCCCUUUGGUAGUCCGCAUGGAGGAGGGAGGCCACUGCACUUAUUCUGCCCAACCUCGACUCUCUGCUCAGUCUAAGCCCAACAGUAACCCUGCCCCCCGUGGAGUACACAGCAACUUCCCAUUGUCCCCUUCAAUGACACUCCUUCACAAUGGAUCUUUGCCUCACUCCAACUCUCUCCUGUCCUCUGAGGCCACCGUUGUCUCUAAGAGACCAUCAUCUUCUUCCCCCGGUUGCAACUCGGCGGGCUAUGGUAUGCCGACGUGGUACCCACGCCCAUCCACGCCUCAAACCAUAAUCCAAAGGCUGCCCCAGGCCUCAGCAUCACCGGGCUUGUCAAAGCCAGGGCCCCACCCCGGCAUCUUAUCGCUGGACGUCUCCCACUCCGCCUCUUCCUCUCCGUCUGCUUCUUUAUCUUUGAGCACGACAGGAAGGCCUGGACAGACCCAUCAGCAGGGAAGCCGUGUCAAAUCUCCCUCUCCCAUCUCCCUGUGCCUGUCUCCCUCCAGGACUCUGGAUGCUACCUCUCCCCACCAGCGCUCACGUCACUCCUCCACCUCCUCCACGCUCUCCGAGCAAGGCGGGGGGCUCCCGGGUGCUGGCUUCCCUCCGGGGGCCAAACCACCCUGCCCGGCGCGCUCCCCACUGCCCCCCAACACGCCCUGCCUUUCGCCCAAAGUCCCUCUCCAUCCACCGAGCCCCAGAGGCCGCCUGGAGGGAAUGUUGCAGCACUACAAAGACUGCAGUACCGGCAGCAACCCAAGCAACACCGCUCAGCACCCGAGCAACCAAAGUAAUUUUCAGGUACCCCAAAAUCUGUCCCCUUUUGCCAGCGAUAGGAAGAACGGGCCGGCGGCGCCCGGUCCUGGAGCUGGCCAUGGCUCCGGGACGGCGGGCGGGUUCCUGGGCCUGCCACUGGGCCAGCUCCUGAGCCAGCAGAAGACCCCCCAGCAUGUCUCUUCUUUCCCAGCCAGCAGCUUGCUCUCAGCGGCCGCCAAGGCGCAAAUGGCCAGCCAGAAGAGCCAGGCUCUCGUGGAUGGCGGCGGUGUCGGCACAGCCUCCGCUGGCCCCGAGAAGGAUCCCCAGCAAUCCAAGGUAUUGAUAAGCACUUUAAACAGUAGCCUCCCCUCCACCGCUAGGCCACUCCCCAUGACUGCCUUCCUGCUACCCCACUCCCCCUCACUCCCCUCCCAAGCCCUCAACCCCAUGCCGGUCGUGCUGACGGACAAGGUGUCGCGUCGCAAGCGCCAGCGCAGGUCUCCCACGGUGCUCAGCAUGCUGAAGGAGUCGCAGCUGAUCAGCCUGAGGUCUGGCGGAGACCCCUCGGCUCUUCCCAUCCCCAAUUCAAUCCCUUCUCCUUCUUCCUCACCUUCCUCCUCCUCCUCCUCUCCCAACACCCCUCUGCUGCCCCCACCCUCGGAACAUCUUUUCAUGCAGCGCCACUCUGCCUCUCCAAACAACUCUCUUCCCGGCCUCAAGCAGGCAGACAUGGAAGACCUUAAACGGCUCGGCUUCGUCCAGCCGCUGGUGACUCCCUCUCCGUCCCAGCCGCUAUCCGCUCUCCUGCAGCUCCUCAGCAUGCAGAACGCCCAGGCUUCCGCCAUCGCGCAGUCCUCCCCUUCCUCCCCCAGCCCUGUCCCGCCACCGGCAACCACCAACGCCCGAACAGCGUCCCAGCCCCUCAACCACUGCGAUGCCCAGCCCAUGCAGCACAUGCAAACUGCUCAGCAGCAGCAGCAGCAGCAGCAACAGCUCCAAAGCCUAGUGCCUGCUCUCGAAGGCCCAGCUCAGCUGCCAUCUGCACAGUCAUUUCCCCUGAUGACGGUGGCAGAGCAGAUGGACAGCCCUGCUAACACCACCACUACCAAGUCUAGCCCCAGCCAUGUCCUCAACCUCAGCCAGACGCACACCACCGUACCAGGGGUACCUCCACAGGAGUGCAGCAGCCAGAUCCUCAGCAUGCUGGGCCAGCUGUCCGCUGCGUCCCACUGCCUGCCUCAUGCCCCCCUGGCAGAGAAGAGCUGUGGGCCCAAACUGGGAGUCGGCCCCCAUGAUGAAGUCGGCUAUCCCUCCAACCAGACCCAGGCAAUGGAUGCAGAAGGUGCUUUGGUGGCCGUUGAAACCCAGGACCCCUCAGAAGAGCCCAGACUACUGGGCCCAUGUGCCUCUGAUCCGGGUCUGUCUCUCCCCUCGGCCGACUCCUCCAGCGCCCUCCAGCUGGCUGAGUCGUUCCCCUUCAUGAAUCAGGAGCAGCUCCUGCAGCUCCUCUCGGCAAACUCUGGACUGCCCUCCCUGCUGCCUCCUUUCCUCGGCUCGCUCCCCUUAUGGACGGGGCUUCAUCAGACGACACAAACCGCCCAGCCGCAGCAAAAUCAACAUCAGUCACAACAGCAACACCUGCUCAAUCAGACCUCCCAGCUAAACAUCUUACCGUCUCUAUCAGGAGCUCAGGGAGACUUUCCAGUCAAUCUCAUUAGUCUGUUAAACCCCCCGCCUCCGCAUGCUGCUGCUGUGCCUGCCCAGGGCCAGACGGGCGACGCUGGUGACAAGCCCAGCCUCCAGGCCCUCCUCAUGGCCUCUCUGCUGCUCAGCCAGCACCAUGCUGCCUCCAUGCUGCCCAUCCCUGGCCUGGGCCAGCUAAACCUGGACAUCCCCCUCCAGCAGCAGCAGCAACAGCACCCACAGCAUCAGCAGCAGUUCUCCCCGCUACCGGACGGCAUGUCUCUCGAAAAGACCCCGGGGCUCGUGGAGUCAAUGCUGACGGGCCCUGGGCUGCUGGAGGCGCUCCAGAGCCUCGUCGCCGCCGGCGACGGGACGCUCUCGGCCUCCCAGUCCCUCCUGCUCUCCGCAACCCUCCCCCCUCCGGCCUUCCUCUCCCUUAACCCCGCCCUGCUGGCCGCCGCCUUAGGUCCUGCUGACCCCCUCCCCGCCCCUCAGCAGAUCCCCACCCACCAAUCCCCACUGGCUCACUCUCAGGGGACUGUCUCCAGCCCUUCGGAAGGCUCUACCUCUGUCCCCCUGCUGCCUAGCACUGUGCCUGAAGAAAUCAACUCUCUGGUGCCCCUGACCGAGCAGGACAAGAGCAACGGCCAGACCCCUUCACUCCUUCCCCCUCUGCUUCCCCCAGGAAUGAUGGGUGACCUGGCAGCCCUGGGUAACAUUAGUGGCCUCCACAGUUUACUGAGCACAGGGCCUCUGCUGUUGCCCCAAGUGCCCACGUCUGCCCUGGGCGUCCCUCUCCAAGGCCAGGGUGCCCUCAACCCGCUAGCUUGCCUCAUCAACAGCCUACAGCUCAACAUGGGCCCCAGCCUCGCUGUAGAUAAACAGCUCGGCCUUGCCGAGACCACCAACCCGCCCCGGGAAGAGGGCAUUCCCGCCAGCCAGCUGGCCGCCCAGGAGCCUGUGCCCAACCCGGGCCACGUCCAGGGGGCUCAGUCCCAGCAGCGGGAGAGCUCCGCCGGGGCGCUGUUCGACCCCUACGGCUCGUUCAUGGACACCAUCUACACCUCCUUCCUCCAGGUCAGCGGGAAGGACUCCGAGGCGUUGGGAGGAGCCGCCCACAACCCGCUCUCCUUCCCGGCGCCGGACCUCCCCGCCCUGCUGGCCCAGCCCAGCGCGCCCCCCUCCCUCAGCCCGCGGCGGGCCUGUUCCGUGCACAACCCCGACCUGUCCCGCCUCAGCAUGGAGGCGGCGCAGUCGCCCGCCCGCGGCACCCCCAAGCUCAGCGAGGACGCCUCGUCCACCCCGCCGCCCAACAGCAAGCCGGGGGGCUCCGUGAGCCGCGACGAGGCGCCCCUGCCGCCGCCGGCGUUCCUGGAGGAGGCGAAAACCGACGGCUCGUCCUCGAUGUGUGUGUACAGUAACGGACUGGCUCUGGGCCCCGCGCACCAAGGACAGCAGCAGCAGGAGGAGGGCCGGCCGCAGCCCCAGGGCUACCUUAGCCCCCGGGGCAACGCUGAGGCCGUGGAGGAUGGCGUGGGCUCCAAUGACUCCAACAUGGGGAAAGAGCCCGCUGUACGAACAGGAGCCAGGAGAGGGAGAAAGAGGAAACAAGUACUUGAGAGGGUGCCAGAUGGACCAGGGGGUCUAGACUGCAUCAUAGAGGAACCACAAGUAACAACAGCACUGCCCAAGCCUGUGAGGUCCACCAGGGGCAAGAGGAGAAGAGUGAUCAGAUAGCCUCUCCCCUCGCCCGGCCUGAUGCUCCCACCUAAGGGCCGUCUGCGGACCUCUCUACCCCAACACCACCAGCACUGUCACCGCCUGAUGACCCCUGAACCCGACCCCUGAACCCCCAUGUGGCCGAGUCAUUGUGAAUCGCUGUGCCUCACUGUGAAGACCCACAGAGACUUUCACCGACUCCUGUUCUCCACAGUGUGUUGUUCAGAUCCCCCCAUACUGUCUCGUGUAGCCAGUUGUGCUGUUGGGACCACUUCAUCUUUCCAUGCCAACCCAUACCGCCAGUGAUGUUGGCCUAUCACAUCUCUGGUUGUUCGGAGGGGCAGAAAAUGGAAGGAGUUAGCUGUGGAUAAAUAAUUCAUUUUGACUCUGUGUGUGGGACAUUUCUGCAGAUAUAGGAAAAAUAUGUAUAUGUCUGUGUGUGUUUGUGUGUCCACAUUGGCAAGUGUAUGUGUGGGUGUGUGUUUUUUUUUUUUUAGUUGUGUAUUACAUCAGGGUCAUAGAAAACUUGAAUGAAGUGUGUGUGCAGUAGGUCCAGGAGCAGAAGUUUUGCAUGUUGCGCUGUGUGUGUGUGUGUGUGUGUGUGUGUGUGUGUGUGUGUGUGUGUGUGUGUGUGUGUGUGUACAUGAGUGUGUACGUAUCCUGCUGUUGCUGAGACCAGAGGCACCCCUGGCACGCUCGAGUUCUGCACCCAUGCUUCACCCGCCACACAGCGCUACAGUGCCCCACGUGGCUCAAACAGUGCCACUGCAUGCCACGUUUCCUCAUUACCAUCCCCCAGCAGUGGGUGGCCUCGUCACUGGAGAUGUCGAGACGCCCCAGGCUUUUUUUUUUUCUCCUCCUUUAUGAUGCUUAUCCCAUCCUGACAUAAUUCUCAGUGGGACCCAUCACCACGCUCGGCAAGAAUUGCCAAAUGGAAAAGAAAAAUGAAAUAGUAUCAAAACAAAGAAACCCUACCCGCUCACUCCAUGAGAAAAAGGGGCCACCUUUUCCUCCCUUGUCCGUUGAGAUAAGUGUUUAUUUGUUAGUUUUUGUGUGUGUGUGUGUGCGUGUGUGUGUAAGGGGAGGGUGUUUAGGGUUGAGGAGAUAAGUUACCCAUGGCCAUGGGAUUAGGAUCCCGUCUGUGAAAUCAGGUUCUCCAAGGUGUCCUCUGUCGGUGUGCGCAUAGCAUAGCAGCAGUCUGCCGGUCUCAGUCUCCCUCUGGGCAGGAGCAGCAACCCUGUCCUCACACUCGAGACUCUGACUGCCCAUCCUUCAUCAACAUAGGCACAAGUUACUGACUAUUUAAAAUAAUGAUUUAAGUAAUAAUGAAGCAGAAUAUGCAAUUUUACUAUUGAAUUCUUGUAUAUAUGUACAGUUUUAGUAUUUUAUUUUGUACACUUUUUUAGGGAAAAAAAAUGAUCAAUUUGUAAAGUAUUUCUUCCUGAGACAACGCCCCUUUUCCCGCCUUUUUCAUAUUUACGUUCGAUUUGUAAAGAGAAUCCUUUUAAAAAUUGUGAAUGGUAGCAUUUCGUUUUUCAAUGGAAGUUGAUUUUUUUUUUUUAAUUAUUUAACAGAUUAAAAACAUGUUUACCAAA